CAGGGAUUCUCCACAGGGGAAUUCCAAACUCCCGAAACAUGUAUAAUGCUCGGAAUCGGCUACUGCGCAUGUCCUGGACAAUCCCCCAAUUUAAGUCCAAGCGCUUUGCGCAUGUGUAAAGGAAAUCUCCCUGGAAAGUAGGAAAGUGUCAGAUGGGUGCUCCAUGGCGGCUGCAAAGAGACACUGCCCCUCUCGCUCUCACAGUUACAGGAGCGAAGGCGGCUCUGGGGCGUCUAGUCGUAAACAGUUGAAACAAGCGGAUACUUUACUAGAUAUUACAGCUAAAAUUGUUGCCGAAAAUAUUCCUUUUCAGCGAAUAGAACAGCAAUAUGACCGCAUACCGGAGCCAGUUCAGAGCAAGAUCGUUUUCUGGUCCUUCCCCCGGAAUGAACGGGAUAUCUACAUGUACUCUUCGUAUGCAAACUGCGCUAAAGAACCUUCAGAGAAUCAAAAAUUACCUUUUCAUCAGGGAGUUCGACUUCUUGACAACGGAGCUGUUGCAAAUGUUCUUCAAAUCGGAUUUCACCUGAGUGGUUCAGUGACCGAACCCAGCAACCCACUUCUGACACAGCCCGAGAAAGUUUACAAAGUCUCCAUUAGUUUUGAUAGGUGCAAGAUCACCUCGGUACAAUGUGGCUGCGGGAACAAAGACAUUUUCUGGUGCCAGCACGUGGUGGCACUGUCGCUCUACCGCAUCCGCAAAGCCAAGCACGUCCAACUGAGGGUGCCCAUCUCAGAGACCCUGCUGCAGAUGUCGCGGGAACAGCUGCAGAAGUUUGCCCAGUACCUCAUCACAGAACAUCACUCCGAUGUGUUACCCACAGCUCAAAAAAUUGCCGAUCAAAUAUUGCAGGCAGAGUCAGAAAUCAACAUGCUUCCAGGGGCCCCCGACCCCACUGCUGGUGCUUCCGUGGACGACGACAACUCCUGGCACCUGGACGAGGACCAGGUGAGGGAGCAGGUGCGCACAUUUCUCUCCCAAGGUGGCUACACGGGACCUUCCACGCAGCUGCACUCCAUGUUUGCCAAAGUUCGUGAAAUGCUGCGUGCCCGAGACUCCAAUGGAGCAAGGAUGCUGAUGCUGAUGACAGAACAGUUUUUGGCUGACCCCCGGCUGUCUGUGUGGAGGGUACAGGGCACACCGCUCACCGACAAAUGCAGGCAGUUCUGGGAUGAACUGGGUGCUCUGUGGGUGUGCGUGGUGCUGAACCCCCACUGCUCCAGCGCCGAGCGGGUUCAGUGGCAGGGCCUGCUGCGACAGUGGGUCAUCUGUCCCGUGUGCCCCCUGGAGGACGGAGAGGCCAAUCUCCUGGCAGGUAUCGGCGGCGGGAACAACCUCAGGCUUAGUAGAGGCUCAUCAAGCUCUUCCACUCGCUCUAACCAAAGAACCGUGCUGCACAACGCCUUAGAGGCCAGCGACCUGGUGUGGACAGACGGCCACCUCCAGAAGAUCCUCGCCUCAGAUAUGUACUGGAGUGCCAGUCGAACCGCCAGCGAUAACUUUGACAGUCAUGGGUUGCCGCUGUGGAAAGAGUACAUCCCGACUGCCUGCUCUCGUGUAGACGCCCUCCGCUCUCACGGCUUCACCAAGGAGGCCCUGAGGCUGACGGUGGCCAUUGUGCGCACCAUGAAGGCGGCGGUAGUGGCCAAUCAGGAGCAUUCGGCCUCAGAAGAAGGUUCCAAAAUCGUUGGCAGUUCCUGUUCGUGUGCCGUUCACACGUGUGGUCGCAGACACACUCCCUACAACCCCGUUGGCUGGAUCGGACAUCCUCUGGAUCCAAUCGGAGUCUUGUUCGACACUCUCUGUGAAGCUUGUGUAGUAGCCGACGACAAUUCACAAGAAUUUUACAGCCGCCAUUUGAGUAAUGACUCCAGCAAUGAAAGCCGCCGUCGUUAUCAGCAUGUGAACAUUCCGGGUGCUGCAGAGCAUAAUCAAACCUACCUCACUCUGGCUUAUGAUGUGGCCUUAAUAGGCCUGGGCCAACAAAGGAUCAUGCCUUCAGGAAUCCAUUCUCAGGAGAAAGCUUGCAAGCAGGAGGAGCGACUGCUGGCAAAGUUGAACACAAUCGAGCUCGACUCCACCUUGUUUGAGGUGUUACAGACAGAGACCACACUGCUGCUAGAGGGUGGGUCAUGGAGUGGUCUGGGUAUCGGCAUUCACCCAGAGACGUAUCCGAUGCACAUGUUUGCACACUUCCUGUUCCUCAAGCUGGUACCCCGUGACCCUGACCUUGCGUACAAAGUGGGCCUGCGUGCCAUGAGGCUUCCAAUUCUAGAGAACCUGGAUGAGACCAACAUGGAGGACAGCAUGAACAACGCCAACAUGUUAGCGCGCUUCCCUCGCUGGUUCGUCCUGUCUCACGUUGAAUCUCAGCAGUGUCUUCUCGCCUCCACUCUGCUGGAGUCUGCCAAAAAUGACGUUCACCGUUUACAAUCUGUGUUGGACUGCGCACAGAGACACGUCCAUAGUUCUUCCCAGUUAUUCCGUCUUGCCCAGGAUACUUUCAAAAUCGCCACACCUCCUGAUGGGCCCAAGUACAUUCCUGCUCUGAAAGCUGCCUUUGAGCUUGGUCUUCAGGUUAUGAGGAUGACGCUCAUGAGCCUCAACUGGCGUCGGCGUGAAAUGGUGCGGUGGAUCGUCACCUGCGCUACAGAAGUCGGAGUGGAGGCCUUGCUUUCCAUCAUGCAAUCUUGGUACCAGUAUUUUGCUCCUUUGGAGGCCUCAAGUACAGUGGCUAUGACGGUGAUGUCCCCUGCCACAAUGAUGCAGCUCAGCGCCACCUUCCAGCAACAGGAGGAGCUGGCUGCCUGCGCCCGCACACUGGCCUUACAGUGCGCCAAGCGUGACCCUCAGAACUGUGCUCUGUACGCCCUCAAUCUCUGUGAGAAGGACCGCAUGGCCUUUGAGAUGGCCUACGAGAUUGUGGUGGGUGCUGCGCCGCACAUAAUCAAUUCUAGCCAACUGUUUAACAUUGCACGUUACAUGGAGCAACAUGGCCACCCCUCUCAGGCGUUCCGUCUAGCGCUUCUGGCCAUGAAAGGCUUGCACGUGGCUUAUAAUCAGGACACCCACCCGGCCGUCUCCGACAUCCACUGGGCGUGCGCGCUGGCCCACUCGCUGAGCCGCCACGACCUGACCAGCAUGGUGGCCAUCUUGGUGAAGAACGUACAGUGUGCGCCCGUGUUAGCCGAUGUUUUGCGCCGAUGCACCAUCACGGCCCCCGGCUUGGGCUGUGUGGACGGUAGUAAGCGGCGUACGUUAAAACUCCUCAGUUACGAUAAAGCUCCUCUCAAGCAGCUUAUGGACCAGACAAUCCUGGCAUACGUGCACACUACGCACUCGAAGCUGUCACACAUAAGCCCACGACACUACGCCGACUUUAUUGAGUUCCUGACCAAAGCCCGAGAGACUUUCCUGCUGGCUCACGACGGCCACAUUCAGUUUGCGCAACUUAUUGAGAACAUGAAGCUGGUGUACAAGGGGAAAAAGAAGCUCAUGUUUUUGAUUCAUGAACGAUUCGGUUUAUAACACAGGUGUUCCCCCGUGUCACUUUUCUGCUUUUACCUGGGUUUUUUUAUUUGUGGCUUUUGUUUUUAUGAGUGUGUGAAAGUGGAGGAAAUGACUGGAUAUGUAUUUUUAAAGCAGAUAUUUUAUCUUGGAAGCAAAUUUGAAAAAUAUUUUUUGGUGAUUUAUGAAGGUAAGAUAGCUGCUCUGUAUUACUAUAAAGUUUCACCUCAUAGAAAUGUAAUUGACCAUUGUGAUAUGAAACAACAAUUGGCGAAAACCUCAGUGAACGUGAUAUGAAGAUAGACCUAUCUAAAUUAGGAAAUAAUCGCAGAGUCUCUUUGAGUUACUUUUUACAAUUGUUUUGUUUUCCUUUUUAUUUUUAUUUGUUACUGUGUUUAUGAUAAUGCAUUGUGAUUUUUGUUGAAGAAGAAGAAUACAUUUGUUGAGGCAACUAUUUGUUGUUUAAAUAAGCUAGCUCUUUAAGUACAGACUUUUGUUAUUUGUUGAGGUUUUUCUGUUCUAUAUUGAUGUUUUGUUUUUGUUUUAAAAUAAGAAAUAUAUUUAUUGAGAGCAGGGGAAGUGAAGGAUAGUUUUAGGGAAUAUUUAUUUGCUUUUCCAGUAUUAAUGGUUGAAAGUAACUUCAGACUUAAAGAAAUCAUUUAUUAGGCAUUAGGGCCUCAGGUUUAAAAAAAAAUUUGCAGUGAAAGUAUUCUUUUUUGUCGAUACUUCUUCUUUUUUUCCUUCUAAAGCUGGGUUUAUGACAGUUUAUGUUCUUAACUACGGCAUAACAGAAAGCUACAAGCUAAUGGAAAUCAAAAUCAUGUAUGAGAGGCUGGUAAUUCUAAACCUCUUCCAGCUUUGAGCGUGAAAAAAGUGAAUGAGGAUCCUGGGGAGUAUGUUUGAGAAUUCCUGUGUCUUAUGAGUUUAAUAUCCAAGUAUUCAUUCAUGCUUUUCUGUUUAUAUAGGAUUUUUUUUUCUUUUUUUUUUUUUUGACAUGGUGUUCAGCUGACCAGUGUCCAAAAUAAUAUAGAUAUAAAGAGGUAGAUAAUGGUAAGAGUUUACAGCUUAUCAGUUUUUUGUUUUGUUUUCGGGUGAGUUUUUUUGUUGUUGUUGUUUUGUUUUCUAUUUGUUCCAUUUUUCUCUUUUGUUAUUCGUUCAAAUGUGUGCCAUACAGUAUUUUAUCAUACACGUUGAAGCAAUACAGGAAAUAUUACAAACUAAUGCAGCUUGAUUGUCCUCCCCUAUUGAUAUGAAGAGGAAUUUUGUCACACUUUCCUCAUCAGGGAAGUGCAAAUUGUUUAUGUGCUUUAUAAACUUUGUCCUUGCUUCUGCUAUAGUACUAUUGUUUAUAUUUAUGUUAAAAAAUGUGCGUACUAGUUGUUAUUAGUGAAGGAGGGUGUUGUUAAGAAGCAAACUCAGUGUGACUGUUAUUCCUUUAAUCAACUUGUGGUUGAAUCCUGACUUUCUAUGCUAACGCUGAAGGGCGAGUGUAAAAUCAAAAUAAACAUUUCGAAGCGAACAGGAGCGCAUAAUGCUUCAGGCAGUCAUUUUGAGAGUUAACAGAUCAUAAAAGAUGUACCUGAUUGUGUAGGGCUAGGACUUGAAGGAUAGGAUGCUAGGAUACUAGCUUCUUGUGUUUUUCCAAGUGACCAAAGGCAUGGUGUGAACUGUCACCAGUAUUGUGGAACCAUUGAUGAUCUAUAAUUUGUUGUGCAGAUGCCUCAUGAUGCUGAAUGAAAGUGAUGUUAGCAGCUCGGACAGAGAAUACUUCCUUUUCAAAAUCGUUUUGAUUUGAUAAACUUGCUGUUGUGUUUAGAACUGAAAUGAUAAGUCAGUUUGUUUUUCGGGUUCCUUUUUUUAAAUUGUUGGCUAUGUUGAUUUUUAUUGAUUUGUUUGGUUAUUGCUUAGAGAAAGUGAAUGAAUUUGAGCCAUCCACCUUAUGCAGUUCAGUCUAUGUGGUAUGGGAUAGCAGCAUCGCUCGCUGAGGACCAGGCUGUAUGUGCUUUUUGUUGUCCGUUGAAAUUUCAGCAAUUUUAUGAGCAAGACAUUUUCUAUGAGACUCUACCAUAAAAAAGAAUCGAAUGGAAGAUUAUUUACUUUUUUUUUAAACUUAAAAAUAUAUACAAAUUUUUUUUUAUUGAAGAUUUUACAUGUGUGGAUGUAAUUAUGAAUGUCAGAAGGUAGUUUUGAUUUAAAAGUCCACUUUCUUCUCUUGCAAACAUAGUGCCUGUCAAAGAUUUUAUUACGCAUAGGUGCAAUAAUACAUGUAUUCAUUUUAUAUUUAUCGGAAACACAAAAAUUCUUCAAUAUUUUAACUCAAUAGGAAUGAUAAUUUCUCUUAAGAAGAAUGUAGAUUUUCCAAUGUCCAAUGUAUUGUGUGCGCUGUGAGACUUUGAAACUCAAGUGUUUUAAUGAAUGUUCAUUCCAUUUAGCUGUCCAGAUUUCCUAGUGUGCUUGUGAAGUGUGCCAGUUUUUCUGUGUGAGAGGGGAAUGCAGAUUUCGAGUAAUUUUGAACAGCAUUCUUAUUCUAUAUAAUUGAUGUUGGGGGAGAAGGAUGUUAAUCUAUCUGGUGUCCACAUUAUGUGCCACAAGUUCUGCGACUAGGGCUUCUUUUUACCUCUGUAGAGCUAGAACGAUGGGCAAUUCCACGGAGAACUGUGAGACGCUCAAAAGCAUAUAUGAAGCUUUUGAUUGGCAGACUUUAUUCUGUGUUCAGCAUAGCAUCAAAAUCUCAGGUAUAAUAUACAGAUUAAGUUUCAAUUUUUAAAGAGGCAAACAAAAACAAAAAAA